AUGAGACGCUUUCGUCAAGUAACGUACCAUGCAAAUAGUCAGACGGUAGAUUUAGGACCUGGACUCGUGUGGGACGAGGUGUAUCAAGCGCUAGAUCCAUUAAAUGUUACCGUCGUUGGUGGCCGACUUCCUGGGGUAGGCAUUGCUGGACUUAUACUCGGUGGUGGCUACAGUUGGAAAUCAAGUCAAUAUGGUCUCAGCAUUGACAAUGUACUUGAAUACGAGGUGAGCACGAAAUAA